GUCACUACUGACUGGUGUCAAGUGUGUGUGUCACUGUCAGUAAAGAAAGAGUCAAAACUAAAAUCUACAAUAAAUAAUAGCCAAAUUUGAAAAUCCGAAACUGACGGACAAUUAAAGGCUAUUAACGGAAUCAAAGAGAUAAUUCUUUUGUAAAUAAAAUGUCCAGCACAUCACAAAAGCAUCGCAACUUUGUAGCUGAGCCUAUGGGGGAGAAACCUGUCACCGACUUAGCAGGGGUAGGUGGCGUCCUAGGUGAGCGGUUAGUACUUGCUGGAUUCGAUAAGGCAUAUGUAGUACUGGGUCAGUUCCUGGUAUUGAAGAAAAACCAAGAGCUUUUCAAAGACUGGAUGAAGGAUACAUGCUGUGCAAAUUCAAAACAAUCAACCGACUGCUGGCAGUGUUUAAAUGAUUGGUGUGAAGAAUUCUUGUAAUUUAUUUUAAAUUUAAUAUUAUUGUCUAAAAAUAAGUUGAGGGCAUUUAAAUAAAGAUUAUAGGUAUUUAAGAUUCAAGUGAAAAUGAUGUAAAUAAACCUUUCCAUUAAGAUACAAAUAUAGAAACUACAUAUGUAUUCUGAUAAAUAAACCAUCAACAUUU